AUGAGCAAUGUGCAGCUUCAUCUUUUGUCGGGUGGUCUCUCCGGAUUUGCGACCACAAUAUGUCUUCAGCCCUUUGAUCUCAUCAAAACACGACUACAGCAAGGGGACGGAGCAAUAGGACGCCGACACACGUCGGUUAUUUUACAGACGACCAAGGAAGUUAUCUCCACUCAUGGUCUGCAGGGACUGUGGAGAGGUACAUCUGCCACCCUUUUAAGAAAUGUUCCCGGUGUAGCGCUUUACAUGACCAGCUUGACACAAAUCAGGACCAUCAUGGCAACUUCUCCCUAUUUUUCCGGCAUUCGUGCACCCUCGGACGACCGUUCAAGGAACGCUUCCGUGCUUCCGAAACUUAGUAACCAGGGAAAUUUGAUAGCAGGAGCUACUGCGCGAGUGGGAAUUGGCUUCAUUCUCAACCCGUUCUCUGUGCUGAAGGCCCGGUUCGAGAGCAAUAUCUACGCAUAUGAAAGUGUUGCACAGGCAUUGACCUCCAUCAUCCGGCAAGGCCCUUCUGAGCUGUUCCGAGGAUUUUUCGCAUCUUCACUACGAGAUGCUCCUUAUGCCGGCCUGUUCGUAGUUUUCUAUGAGGGAAUUAAACGCGAGGCCUCUUUGGUCGCCACUCCGACGUCAAGCAGCCAGUCCGCUGCCAUACACAGUGCUUCUGCUGCGUUAGCAGGGGGUAUAUCAACUAUGUUGACCCACCCCUUUGACGUGAUUAAGACGAAGAUACAAGUGCGUUCCGAGGACAGGUACCAUGGAUUUGCGAGGACGGUUGCGACGAUAUGGCAGCAACGUGGUGUAUCGGGAUAUUUCGACGGCGCAUCUUUGCGCCUUAUCCGAAAGGUCUUCAGUUCGGCAAUAGCUUGGGCUGUGUAUGAAGGCGUUUUAUUAUUAAUGCGGACUUGA